CGCGGGUAGGCCCAGAGCACCUCUCUCCUCACCAGCAAUGGUCAAGCAGCCGGAUAGCGACCUCGCCCAGCAGUCGGUGCUCCAGGCCGUCGUCCUCGCCGAUUCCUUCGCGCAGGCCUUUCGGCCUGUCUCGUACCAGGUCCCAAAGGCGCUGAUGCCGCUGGUGAACGUGCCGAUGAUCGAGUACACGCUCGAGUUCCUGGCGGCGUCGGGCGUGCAGGAGAUUUUUGUGUUUUGCUGCGCGCACGCCGAGCAGGUCAUCUCGUAUGUGCGCGAUUCGCAGCUCGAGCUCCGCCUCGCCUCCGUCCGGCUGCACGUCCUCGCGGCAAAGUCGCCCUGCUUCUCGGCCGGAGACGCCCUCCGCGAGGUGGAGGCGCUCGGCGUCAUCACCUCCGACUUCGUGCUCUGCCAUGCCGACGUCGUCUCAAACCUCGAGCUCGGCUCUGUGAUUGCGGCGCACAAGGCGCGGCGCGAGUCCGACCGCGACGCGGUGAUGACGACGGUGCUGCGACGGGUGCCGGCGGGCAGCCGCUCGCACCGCGCCGAGGACGCCACCCUCGUCGCCACGAGCGGAGAGACGGGGCGGCUGCUCCUGUACGAGCAGGCUGGCAAGUCU